AUGAAGGGUUACGUUCCUCUGACGACGUACCUUUGGACAUACAAGUUUGGAGAGUACGUUGAUGUCAAGGUAGCGAACAUAACCAUCAAGAAACGAAUCCAUGUGCUUGUUGAGCACGUACAACCUUCCAGAUGCGCCGAAGAAUUUCGAUUGAGGAAGAAGAAGAAUAACGAGCUUAAGGAAAAGGCAAAGGCUCUAGGCGAAAUCAUUAGCACAAAGAGGCAACCUGAAGGACCAAAACCUGGUUUCAUAGUAGGGAGCAGAACCAUCAAGAAAGGAAUCCAUGUGCGUGUCGAGCAUGUACAACCUUCCAGAUGCGCCGAAGAAUUCCGAUUGAGGAAGAAGAAGAAUAACGAGCUUAAGGAAAAGGCAAAGGCUCUAGGCGAAAUCAUUAGCACAAAGAGGCAACCUGAAGGACCAAAACCUGGUUUCAUAGUGUGCAACUUUAGAGACAGUCUCACCAAUUCCAUAUGA